AUGCCCGUGGGACUCAAAGUCGCCGCGUCAGUUUCUGCAAGGAAGAACGGAAGAUUAGGGAGGCGGCGUGACGGGUACAAUGGAGAGCCAGAGGAGGAGGCAACGUUGCUUGGAGAGGAUGCUGAAGACGGGUAUUCGCAGGAAGAUGAAGGGGAUAGACGAGAUGGAGUUCUUUCUGAUUCUGCAUCUCAGCGGUCAUCUGUUUUGCGGAAGAGCGGGUCAAAAUCCUCGAAGGAUAAAUCUCGAAUAAUUCCUCUUCGCCCACCAGAGAAAUUCCAGAAUCGAUAUUCUCCCAACAUCGUCCGCAAUCAAAAAUACAAUGUCUUCACCUUCCUCCCCAUCGUCUUCUACGAACAGUUCAAAUUCUUUUUCAACCUGUACUUCCUCCUCGUCGCCCUGUCGCAAUUCGUUCCUGCGCUGAAGAUCGGCUUCAUUGCAACAUAUAUUGCACCCCUGGCGUUUGUACUUCUGGUGACUAUGGGAAAGGAGGCAUACGAUGACUAUAAGCGCAACCUUCGCGACCGGGAAGCCAACUCCCAACGAUACCUUAUCCUCGACUCUUCAGACUAUCACCCGUCCUCACCGCGCGAUCUCGAAGACAACAUGCCUCAUACACGCUCGGUCCCUUCUUCCUCGCUGCGUGUUGGCGACCUCAUUAUCAUCGAGAAAAACCAACGCGUUCCAGCUGAUGUCGUCCUCCUUCGAACAUCUGACAGUUCAGGGACCUGCUUCAUCCGUACAGAUCAACUAGACGGCGAGACUGACUGGAAGCUGCGUGUUGCGGUUCCCGCCACCCAGAAACUUCGCGCCGAGAAGGAGCUUUUGAGCAUUGACGCAGAGAUAUACGCUGAUGCUCCCAUCAAGGACAUUCACACCUUUAUCGGCACAUUCACUAUCAAUUCUCCGGCUUUGCAGGCACAGUCCAUCAACGACGUCCCUUUGGUGCAAGUUCCUGCCGUUGAACCAUUGUCUGCGGAAAAUGUUCUGUGGUCCAACACUGUGCUUGCAGCUGGCUCUGCUGUUGGACUUAUAGUCUAUACCGGCCCCGAAACUCGAGCGGUCAUGAACACAAGCCAUCCGAAAACGAAGGUUGGUCUCUUAGAUGAAGAAAUUAAUAGACUAGCGAAAAUUCUCUGUGCGGUGACAUUCGCUUUGUCAUUAGCCUUGGUCGCACUCAAUGGCUUUAGAGGGCUGUGGUAUAUCUACGUGUUCCGAUUCCUCAUCCUCUUUUCCUCUAUCAUCCCCAUCAGCCUGCGCGUUAAUUUGGACAUGGGUAAGACGGUGUAUGCUCACCAAAUUAUGACGGAUAGCGAGAUUCCUGGUACGAUUGUGCGGACUAGCACGCUCCCCGAAGAGCUCGGUCGGAUUGAGUAUCUUCUAAGCGAUAAGACGGGGACCUUAACCCAGAACGAGAUGGAGAUGAAGAAAUUGCAUAUGGGGACAAUGUCCUUUGGCUUUGAUUCGAUGGACGAGAUCGCGCAUCAGCUGGCAAUUGCUUUCGGGGGAUCUGGGGACCAAGGUGACGGGAUACUAUCUCACAUACAACCAUACCUGACCUUUGACACUACAGGACAUGCCAGACACGGCUCAAUCGUCACGGGCAUUCAGCUUGGGACUAGAGGCCGCCGAGAUAUAUCAUGGCGAGUCAAAGAUGUUGUGCUCAGUUUAGCACUGUGCCACAAUGUUACUCCGGUGACGAACGACGAUGGUUCCGUAACAUAUCAAGCUUCGUCUCCAGACGAAGUGGCCAUCGUGAAAUGGACAGAAUCAGUCGGACUUACUUUGAUUUUCCGUGAUCGCACGCGCAUUGAGCUGCAGACGCCUUCCGGCAACACGAUCUCGUUUGAGAUUCUGGAGAUAUUUCCGUUUACGUCUGAAUCGAAGCGUAUGGGGAUCGUAGUGCGGGACACUCAGACUGGGGAAAUUACGUUCAUGCAGAAAGGCGCGGAUGUCGUGAUGGCGAAGAUAGUGCAGCGGAACGAUUGGUUGGAGGAGGAGACUGCCAAUAUGGCCCGUGAAGGAUUGCGGACACUUGUGAUGGCGCGCCGAAGGCUCAGCGAGGCUGCGUAUGCGGACUUCAAACAGAGACAUCAUGCCGCCAGCGUGCGCCUCGACGGGCGUAGCGAGGCGAUGGCCACUGUUGUCUCUGAGACUCUCGAACACGACCUCGAGUUGCUCGGGCUGACAGGCGUCGAGGACAAGCUGCAGGACGACGUCAAGUCUACGCUGGAACUGCUGCGGAACGCUGGUAUCAAGAUUUGGAUGCUCACCGGCGAUAAGAUCGAGACGGCAACUGUCAUCGCCAUUUCGACUAAACUUGUGGCGCGAAAUCAAUACAUCCACCAAGUAGCCAAACUCAAGACAUCGGAUCAAGUCAGAGACGAACUUGACUUUCUGCAGAACAAAUUGGACUGCUGCCUAGUCAUCGAUGGCGAAUCACUUCAGUUGUGUCUGAACUUGUUCAAAAACGAGUUCAUUGAGAUCACGACCAAGCUCUCCGCUGUCGUGGCCUGCCGGUGUUCCCCAACUCAGAAGGCAGACGUUGCCAGAUUGAUACGAAGCUAUACGAAAAAACGCGUAUGCUGUAUUGGUGACGGCGGUAAUGAUGUCAGCAUGAUUCAGGCGGCUGAUGUCGGGGUUGGUAUCGUCGGCAAGGAAGGCAAACAAGCAUCGCUGGCCGCCGAUUUUUCUGUCACCCAGUUCAGCCACUUGACGAAACUGCUUCUAUGGCAUGGCCGGAACUCGUAUCGACGCUCGGCAAAACUGGCCCAGUUUGUCAUUCACCGCGGUCUCAUCAUCUCUGUGAUGCAGGCCGUGUUCUCGUCAAUUUUUUACUUCGCUCCCAUCGCGCUGUACCAGGGGUGGCUCAUGGUCGGAUACGCGACUUUAUAUACAAUGGCCCCCGUCUUCUCUCUCGUUCUCGAUCGCGAUGUCAACGAAGACCUUGCGUUGCUAUACCCCGAGCUUUAUAAGGAAUUGACAAAGGGUCGCGCGCUGUCCUACAAGACAUUUUUCAUGUGGCUCAUGAUCAGCGUCUACCAAGGCGCGGCAAUCAUGAUCAUAUCUCUUGUGCUCUUCGAGAACGAGUUCCUGAACAUCGUCGCCAUCUCGUUCACGGCCCUCAUUCUGAACGAGCUCAUCAUGGUGGCGCUGGAGGUCACGAUAUGGCACGUUUACAUGGUGAUCUCGGAGAUCGCCACCCUGCUCAUCUACACCAUCAGCAUGGUGUUUUUGCCUGAAUAUUUCGAUCUUGGUUUUGUCGUGUCGGUGCGCUUCCUGUGGAAGGUGGCGGUGAUCGUCGCCGUCAGCGCGGUUCCCCUGUAUAUUAUUAAGCUCGUAAAGAGUCGAGUGGCGCCUGCCGCGUCGAGCAAGCUGCUUUAA